CUCAACUUGCAUUAAAUCCCAAAAUUGAAAUCUUAAUCACCUUAAAUAUCAAAUUCUCUCUCCCAAGAAAAUCAAAGAAUGUUUUGAGCUUAACUAAGGAACCCUAACCAGAGAUUUGGUUUUUCUUGAAAACAUACUCCAUCAAUGGACUUCUACCCCAACCCCACCACAACCAAAAGUCCAGAUGACUCUGGAUUUGAUACCCCACCACAUACCCAACCCAUUGAACCCUUCUUAUCCUUCACCAACGGCGCAAUCAAGAAGAACCACCACCACUCACUACCGCCUGUAGUGGUGGUGACAUACAAAGAAUGUUUGAAGAAUCAUGCUGCCAGCUUGGGUGGACAUGCCAUGGAUGGCUGCGGAGAGUUCAUGCCUUCUCCAUCCGCCACCACCGCAGAUCCCACCUCCCUAAAAUGCGCUGCAUGUGGCUGCCAUCGCAAUUUCCACCGCCGUGAGCUUAAUGAUCCCUCCCCCACCAGUAUAAUCCCUCCUCUGUUUGAUUUCCGCCACCCACCUCCACCUAGGAGACCUUCAUCUUCCCCCUCCCCAACACAACCAACCAACAUGUUAUUGGCCCUCAGUAUGGCGGUGCCGGAGGACAACUACCAGGCUCCGGCGAUACCAAUAGAAUUCAAGACAGAGAACCAAACAGGAAGAAAGAGAUUCAGAACAAAAUUCAGCCAGGAGCAGAAGGAAAAAAUGCACUCUUUUGCGGAAAAACUUGGGUGGAAAUUGCAAAAAUGUGAUGAAUCAACAGUUGAAGAAUUCUGCAAUGAAAUAGGAGUUUCAAGAGGUGUACUCAAGGUGUGGAUGCACAAUAACAAGAGCACUUUUGCCAGAAAAGAGAUUAACAAUGGCAGAAUCAUAACCUUUGAGAAUAAUGGGCUCAAAAUCAAUGGCGGAAGCAGCAGCAGCAACAAUGAGAAUAGAGAAGAAGAGCAAAUGAAGGACGAUCUAGAUGCUUGAGGGAGAGAAAUUUUGAUUAAAUUUCUUUGCUUAUCCUUUUUUUAAAUGAAAAUAUAGUUCCUCUUCAUCUCUAAGAACGAAGUUAAUUACAUUUAGUCUAGCUGAUUGAAAAUAUCUUCUUCUUCUUCUUCUUUUUUUAAUCGCUCAAUCGAGCUCACGGAUACUUCUCGAAGAAAUGUACUGAGUCGCAGCAAUUAGGAAUAAAGGAGCACUUCGAUGUUGAUAUUCGUAUGUGUAUUUUAUUUUUAUUUUUCCCUUUUUUUUCUUUUUUUUUCUGCAAGAAAAUACCAAAAUGGUAUCUAGAUUUGGUUGUCUA